ACCUUUUAAUCUAAAACUUAACGAGGACAAACUAGAGAAUAGAGUGCAAAAUAUAAAGAGACAACCUCGGAAACUCUGCUAAUCUGUUUUCUCCAACUAAAAAAUAACCCUAAGAAAACACCGGAAAUGACAAUAAAACUGAAAUUCUGAGACAAUUGUAAUUUUUUUGGACCGGCAUAGAAAUCUAAUAAUAAAUUCAUUUUCAAUAUCCAACAAUCGAUAUGUAAACUGAGAACAAGCGGUGAAGAGUGGAAAUGGUUGCCUGCAAGUGGGGGUGAAGGCACCGGGGACGCCGAAGAAGAGGAUGACUUUUUUACCGGCGGCGUGGGGGUGUACGGACACAUAUUGGAGCUUGUCUUCCUCGUCGAAGUAGGAGAGCGUACCGUCCGUUAAUACGUCGCCGACAGCAAUCGGGGCCAUUGUUUUUGAUCAAUGGAGGUGAUGUUGAAGAGGAGAGUUUGUGAUCCGAUGGUGAGUAGUGUGAGGGAAACGAAUCCUCUCCGUUUCGGGUAGGGCAGCGGGUACCCGCCCCGCCAAUAAGCCCAAAAAGCAAAAAAAAAAAAAAAACCCUACUUCUAUUUCUCUCGCGCCUCCCUCUCUUUCUCUCGCCUCCUUCUAGAAAAAACCCAGCCUUCCUCUCUCUCUCUCCUCCCUCUCUCUGGCCGCUCCGUCUCAGCUCUCAGGGUUUUGCCCGCGCGUCUGGAUCGCGAAACAAGAAUGGUAAAACUAUUUCCUUCUUUUGGUCGUUGCUUGCAAAGGCUUUUCUGUUAUGGUAGUGAUAAUCCUUGGAACCCUUUGAAGGGUCUACCACUUGUGCACAGACUUUCCUCCUCCAUCCCUAGACAAACCCUUGUUGGUAGACGUACUGCCAGUAAUCAUGUAUUAUCAUACUCUCCAUGGCCCUUGGGUUCACUGCGAUGUUUCAGUCAUAAUAAUACUAGUGAAGAUGAAGAUGGUAUCGCAUUGUCCCCAUGUCUGAUGACUCCUUGGUUUUGGCCUCAACCAUUGAAUAAGUUGGCAGCUGCAGGCCAGAAGAUUGUAACCCUCGAUUAUCCAAAGGAUGUAGCAUUUGAAGAGAUUCUGGGAUCAUCUUCACCAGGUUGGAUUGCCGUUACCAAUGCUGUUAACGGUGAUAUUGUACUUAUGAAUCCCUUCACUGAAAAAAUUGGUAAGGUCUAUCAGGCUACUCCUCCUCCAGUUGUUAGGCUUCCACCUACGAGUACAAUGCCUCAAAUGGACAUAAUCAUAGAGCAUUGGAGAAGAGACUGUAUAGAGAAUGAGUUACGAAUAGAAAUAAGCUACGAUGAUUUCAUAUCUAACAUCGUUUGGUCAUCAAACCCCAUGUCCCCCGAUUGCACCGUGAUGGUUGUAUAUGGUCCAGAUAGGGAUGUUGCAUUCUGUAGACCUAGAGACAAGUCGUGGAGUGAUGCCUGCUUGGACUUGGAAUAUCGAGAUGGUUAUACGAAAUUACUAGUGUAUUCCACCAAGAGCAAAUUGUUUUAUACCCAAAGGUUCUACGGAAGAACAUUUGAAGGUUGGGAUCUCCAACAAGCUUCUUGUCCUAAGAUGAUUCAUCGUCUUGAUCAUACUAAUUAUAAAUUUGGUCCGCCUACUCGAAAAUUUGAGUACUUGGUGGAAUCCUUGGGAGAUAUUCUUCUGGUUGCCAGGUAUUUAGGUCCGCCUACUCGGCCCCCUUCAAAGACACAUAGAUUUGAUGUUUUCAAACUUGAUUUCCAACAGCAAACAAUGGAACGUGUGGAGUGCCUUGGUGAUCGUGUCUUGUUUGUAUGUAUGAAACACUCAUUUUCUGUCUCGGCCCAAGACUUCCCAGAGUUAAAUCCUAAUUCUAUUUACUUUACUCACGAUGAUGUGGAAUAUUGGCCUGAAUCUUAUCAAACCAGUGAUGGCUAUACGUCAGACCGCAAAGAUUAUGACAUUGGAUUUUACUGCUUAGAAGAUCAUAGCAUCACACCCCUUUAUGACAUGGCAGAUGGUCUUUGCGUUCCAGGCUGUUGGGUCAUCCCGAAGCCUCCAUAUAUGUAAACUGAUCAAGAAAAAAGACAAUUUAUUUUUUUUUCUCUUAUGAACAUUAUUUCCAUUUUGCAAGUUUCAUUAAUCUAUUCAUUCUUGUUGUUA